AUGAAGGACAAAUCACUACAAGAAUUUUUAUAUGUUAACCCCCAAGGGCGCAGGCGCGGUAGACCGUCGCGGGCCAUGCAGGGAGCCGCCAGCGCCCCCGCGCCACCCGCGGCUGAACCGCCUUCAUCACAACAAAUCAAAACAGAGGAGGUCAUUACUCAAGCUAAAAUUGAGGCCGAAGAGGAAAUGAACGAGGUGACAAUAGAAAGACAAGAGUUCAGAUCCAAUAGGACUAUGAGCAUCGACAGUGACAACAGGUCGGAUAGGAGCGAAGAAGAAGACUCAAGGAGAGCCCGCAAGAGGGCGGCGUCUACAUCCCCAUCUAGAAUGCCCAUGGACAAAAGAAUUGCUCGAUUCGAGUGCCCCAAAUGCAGACAGAGGUUUGACUCGGUAAAUGCAUACGAUAUUCACCGCUAUACCGCUCACAGUGAUGACACCAAGACUGGUUUUGACGACCUAACCUUUGUUGAUUUCUCAAGCAAAAAGUUCGCGGAAAUCGCUCGUGGAGUCUGUGAGAGAAAUCCUCACGUGACGAUAACGGAUCAACGUUACAGGUGCGACCUCUGCGCUAGAGAUUUCCCAUGUGGGCAAGCCUUAGAUAUUCACAGAAAAUCGUGCGCAUCCAAUACGCGAAUUUCGAGCCCCGAUAGAGAACAUAGGGAAGAUUUCUUUGCGAAGCUAGAUCUUAGAAACAGGUCUUUUGGUAUCUCUGGUACGUUGACACCACCGAUGGAAAGAUUCACUCCUAAGUUCGACGAUGGUCACCUGACUACAAAUGGCAUUAGACACAUCGAUGCCGCCCGCGACUUGGCAGAUAUUCAAUCGAUAUUAAACGUUACGUCAGCUGGUGGCCUUUUAGAGCGGCUUACUGGCUCAAGAGUGGCGGCUUUAGAAAGCGCCGUACUCACUCCUCCUGAUACCAUCAUGAAAGAGCGAGAUCAAGAAGAAACGCAAGACAAUUUUGCGGCUGAAUUCAGACGUAUGAAAUUGCGCGGCGAAUUCCCUUGCAGGUUGUGCCCGGCCAAGUUUCCAAACCUUAGAGCUUUGAAAGGACAUAACAGAGUACACUUAAGCGGAACUGGUCCGGGACCAUAUCAGUGUAACAUGUGUCCACAUGCUUCUUUAGAUAAGGCGGCUUUGGUGCGUCAUAUGCGGACGCAUAACGGUGACCGACCUUACGAGUGUGCCGUAUGUAAUUAUGCUUUCACAACAAAAGCUAAUUGUGAACGCCACUUGCGUAACAGACACGCUAAAGUUACUAGGGAAGAUGUUAAAAGAUCCAUUAUUUACCAUCCGUCUGAAGACCCAAAUAACGAUGAAGUCAACUCAAAACUUGCUCGAGAUGAUGUGAAGAGAUCACUAGCCUUUCAUACACCUGAUAUAGAUAGGCGAAUUGAGGGCACAGGUCGCGAUACACCGCUAACACACUUCACCCCAAGCUUUAUCACAGACCGACAUCCAGUCACAAAUUUGACAACAAAGGCAGUACCUGAAGCACCUAUCACCUCCAGAGAUCCUGAACAACCUGCACCCCGAAUAAAAGUCAAAGGCAUUGGUCAGCUGACACAAAUCCCUGAAUUUAGACCUCCAGAACUAUCUUACAAGAUAAAUGAAGUCGGACCAGAACGAUAUGAUGAAGAAGCUCCAGUAGACCUAAGCACAAGUGACAACAACAGUUGCGAUGUUCUUGACCUCAGCAAAAAGAAACGUGAUAACGAUUCUGAUGAAUCUAAAGCCCCACCACGUACAUCUUUCGAGCCCGACCCAGCUAGCGUCGCUGCAUCGGCAUUUGAAAAGACAAGAUUUCUUUUGGCUCAGCAAAGACUCUUUGAAUCAUCUCUCCCCAAAAUCGAUCCAGCUUAUUAUGCCUCUCAGCUAUCACAAUUAUAUGCUGGUGCGGUCCCUAGUAUUCCAGGUCUGCCAUUACCGCCUUCCUUUCCUAUCGCUCCCUACCUUCUUCAGCCAUCUUUUUUUCCUCAUCCAACUGACUCACAAGAGUUAGUGGAAAUUAAGCAGAGGAUACAAAAAGAGAUAAUACGUGGACUUAGCAUGUCUGGGGGUAGACUCGUCCCUAAUGAACAGGAAAUUCAACAAAAAAUAGAACCUGAAGAGGAAGAAGCGAAACCACCUCAAGUGAUUUCCCCUGAACCCUCACCACAUUCCGAAUCUCCACGGCCUCAAAUGAAUAAUAGCAUAGUUCCACAGACUGAUUCAGUCAAAAUGGUUAUAAAAAACGGUAUCCUCAUGCCAAAACAGAAACAAAGGCGAUACCGAACCGAAAGACCCUUCUCGUGCUCUCAGUGUUCUGCACGAUUUACUCUUAGGUCUAAUAUGGAGAGGCACGUAAAGCAGCAGCAUCCUCAACACUGGAGCGUUAGGAGACCAGCGCCAAGAGCUCCGCCCCCAUACCCUACUCCCGAUUCAAUCACUGACCGCAUGAAGUUUGCUCUAUUAGCUCGCCAUUUGGAACGACCAUUACAGCAAUCUGAAAGAUCACCCGCGCGACGAGACUCUGAUGAAGUCGCUGACAAUGAAGAAGAUGAAGAGGAUACCUUAGUAAUAGACGAAGAGCCUGACCAUGACAUUAAAGAGGAUCACACAGCAGCUCGCCGUGCUGCGGCUGAAAUUUUAAUGGCUACUUGUCAACAAGAAAUGACCAAAGACUUUGAUCUUAAAAUUGCUGGCAGUUUGAUUAAUAAACCGGUGACCAUUAACAACGAGAAGACUAAUAUUGAAACUAAUCCCAUUCCGUUGAAUCAAGACUCUUCACCAGUAACGGUUGUACCAACACGCAGUGAUGAAGAAGAAGAUGAAGAAGGAUUAGUUGCCUCCACCAGUGAAGGAAAUAACUCUGGAAGCGAUGAGAAUAAAUCUGAAACGGAUACAGCUCAGCCACCAAAGAAAAAGUCAGCGUACAGCCUUGCGCCAAAUCGGGUAUCCUGCCCCUAUUGUCACAGAAAAUUCCCUUGGUCGUCAUCACUACGUCGUCACGUGCUCACUCACACUGGACAGAAGCCAUUUAAGUGUCCGCACUGCACAUUGCUGUUCACCACUAAGUCUAACUGCGACCGCCAUCUGUUGCGAAAGCAUGGAGGAUCAGCACGAGCAAUCUUAGCUGAACCUAUUCCUGAAACCAUGUCUCCUCCUCAGCCAGUGAACGACAAUCGAGCUGUUCCUGACAGGCCAUAUAAAUGCACAUCUUGUCCCACCAGUACUUUUUCUUCUGUGGAAACAUUAAAGAAGCAUAUGUCUUCAAGGCACGGAAAUGGUUCCCAACCAGGCUCUCCAACUCCAGAAGUUGUGGAAGAAUCUGCUGAAGGUGGUCUAGUCUUUAAGUGCCAUCUGUGUGAAGCAUCAUUCAGUGACAGAAAUGGUGCUUUAAACCACCUGGCUACUGGUCAUACCUCAGAAUAUGAACAGCUUCUGAGCAAAGGAGCUUUAGACGCUAAUAGUGACAGAAGUGAAAGUGCGGAUGACGAUGAAAGGGGAAAAUUUCCUGAUCACGCUAAUAGAAAGGUGGUGUGCGCAUUUUGUGUCCGUCGCUUCUGGUCGGCUGAGGACCUCCGCCGUCAUAUGCGAACCCAUUCGGGUGAGAGGCCAUUUGCCUGCGACUUGUGUCGACGUCGCUUUACAUUAAAGCACAGCAUGUUGCGGCAUAGAAAGAAGCACCGCGAAGAAAUUACUGAUGAUGAGGAACCCUCACCACCGAAUACACCGAUUGAAGAGAAUGUUACUAAUGGGUAUCGCUACCAAGAUGAGGAUGGCUCGGGCAACGAAAUCCCAAGCAACGUAAAUAACAACAAUUCCCCUCCAUCGGCUCCUUACGAUAAGAAGCUCAAACUUGAUAUGACAUCGCGGAAAUAUUCUUCAGAGGCAGAGAAUGACCCCGAAAACAGCGAUCUCAUUGGCAAGCUACUGGUAGGUGCAAUAAAUUACCAAAAUGGGUGA